AUGGCCGCUCGACCUCAAACUCCGUUGCGCGAUGCGUACAUCGCGGUUCCCAACUCUACAGAGCUCUCUCAUAUGAAUCAGAUUAACGGCUCUGCUUCUGUCUCUGCCGCUCAUCCAACCUCCUACAUGGCCACGCCCGGUUCGAUUGUUCCCUCGGACUUCCAGGUCCGGGGAGUUCCCGUCCAGCAUUCGACCCAAACACCUCAAGUAUCUCGAUUCCAUGAAGAUAUGUCCAGUCGGUGUGGGUCGUCUGUUGCCGAUGGUCCUCCUCAUAAUACGAAUAACCUCCACCGCUCUGACUCACAAAUGUCAGCGGCAGUAUCGCUCGUGCCGUCUCGAGCGUCGGGGACCAUAAAAAAGAAACCCUCAUUGAGUAAAAAGGGGAGUUUGCGACGGGCCGGGAGCCGGAGGAGUAGCCGUGCAGGGAGUGUAAGGAGUAUGGCUCUGGGUGAGAAAGAGAAGUACGGGAUCCUGGAUAGUGAUGACAUCAACAGUGCAUUUUAUAUUCCAAUACCUACUUCGGGGAGUCCAACGGAUGUUUUGGCUGCGAGAUUCCAAGCCUGGCGGAAGGUCUUAAAGGAUUUAAUAAUGGUUUUUCGGGAAAUUCAAAAAUCGCACGAAAUCAGAUCAAAAACCCUCCUCUCGGCGUCAGAUUCGAUGAACAACGUCGUUUUUCCAAACACGUUUCUUGCAACAGGCGGUAUUUCUGAUGCUACCAAAAUAUUAAAAGAAUAUCAUAGACAAGCGGUGGUAGAAUCGGCGAAGGCAAAGGACGUCGAAUUAGAAGUCAUUAAACAACUUACUGGUCUUCGAUCAGAUCUGCGACAGAAAAUCAAGGAGAUCAAGGGCCUCUCGGGCGACUUUAAGAAUUCAGUGGACAAGGAGCUAGAAGGCACUCGGAAAGCCGUGAGGAAUCUACAGGAAGCUCUUGGACUGGUAGAUACAGACCCAGCAGCUAUUUCGGGGAAAGGAGACCCUUUCCUUGUGAAAUGUGCCGUACAUAGGCAGCUUGAAAAGCAGAUUGAUGAAGAGAAUUAUUUGCAUCGUGUAUGCGGCCCAUCUUCGUUUCCCUGCCACCUUGCUACCUGUAGGUUGUGGACCCAGUUUGCUGACCCUUCUUUACAGGCGUUCUUGAACCUGGAAAACUCAGGUCGUGAGCUUGAACGCAUUGUUGUCACGGAGAUCCAGAAAACGUACAAUAUGUAUGCAAAUAUCCUGAAGCGCGAUGCAGACGCAGCAUACGAUGCAGCAGGUCAGCUCAUUGAUGGCCCAAUAAGUGUUCCCCAAGAUCGUGAAUGGGACGCUUUUGUAUCUCACAACGACCGCUUGGUCGAUCCUCUGUUGCCGCUACGAGAUUUUCAACAUAUUCAUUAUCCCGGAAAAAGCCAUCCUGCAGCGGCAGAAGUGCGCGCUGGCAUGCUUGAACGUAAGAGCAAGUAUUUAAGGAGCUACACACCUGGCUGGUACGUGUUGUCACCCACACAUUUACAUGAGUACAAGUCUGCGGAUCGAAUCGAGUAUCAAAAUCCAGUCAUGUCGCUAUAUCUACCAGAACAAAAGUUAGGUUCCCACUCUCAAAGUGAUUCAGCAUCCCACAAGUUCAUGUUGAAAGGACGGCAAACGGGUGCGAUGCAUCGCGGCCAUGCGUGGGUAUUUCGAGCAGAAUCUCACGACACUAUGCUCGAAUGGUACAACGACAUCAAGAAUCUUACCGAAAAAACCGGCGAGGAUCGCAAUGCGUUUGUUCGCAAACAUUCCCGCAAUCUGAGUGGUGGACUCUACCGGGCGGGAUCUAUCAGCAGCGAAGGCGUCAUGGAUGAGGACGAAGCAGAUGAAACACCAUACUCUGCAGACCGUGUGAUUGCAAAUCAAGCUCCUCCAUCUGUGGAAACGCAAUGGCAGCAGCGCCCUCAACCAGGUGGGAGAUUUCCAAGUGAUAUCAACCUCCGCCGAAAUUCUCACGCCACUUACUCCUCAUCUAGAGAAAGCUCUGGAGAUCCCGACUCAAUAGCGCCAGCCGCAGCCUCUACCGAACAAACCAAGAACCAUGUAGCUGACCUCCAGGAUGGGGUCCACGAUGAUACCGCCGAUCUCAGCCAUUCUGGCGUACUCGAAGGGCAGGAUAGUCACUAUGUAGAUUGGGUGGCGGACGAGGCAACUACAAGUGCCCCUCAGAAAAUUACCUACUCAUUAUCACAAACAACCUCUAAUCUUGAUGCCUCGAUCGGUUCUCGCAAACUGGCAACUUCCCCUUCCAACCUCUCCCAUGACGGCAAAUCAGUAGCACUAUCGUCUUCCCAUAUCUCAGCAGAUAAAGGGGCCAGACUGGGGGGAAGUACAGUGUCAUCAGUUAUCAACAACAUACCUCACUCCAGCAAUGGAUUGGGGAAAGAUACAGCGACAACAUUAACAAUUCCGACAGCCACAGGAGUGGGCACCCCAAAAACCAUGAAAACAGAUUCUGACCAAACUCGCCAGCUACCGACGAUGGUUAGUGAAUACAAAUUGCCUGGCCAGUUUCCUACCGCUGGUGGUUGA